AGCUGUAUUGAACGGACAUCUGUGUCUGGCUUUGUUACUCUCAUUUUCCCCUUUUCCAGUGUUUCUUUAAUUAAAACCCUAAUCCGUUUUCUGCUUGCUUAUUUUCCUGCUGAAUUAAAAACCUUGCUUCAUUGUUUGUGUUUAGUCUCAGUAACUUUUGGGAUUUACAGUGGUCAGUGGAUGCCCUCAGAGAAUUGGGCAAACGGUGACGAGUUAGAGCUGGUUAAUGACGAUGGGUUCGUCUACAAGCGUCGGAAAAGGUCUCAACUUGACCCGACCGUUACCGCUGCUCCGAAGCUACCAGAUCCAGCGGUUGAGAAGAAGAAUCGCCUGGAAAGGAAAAAAAGGGCGCUGCUGAAAAUAAAAGAGAAAUAUGAAAAAGAGAUCCAACAGUGGGAACUUCUAUCAAACACCCUGAAGGCAAUGCAGCAAAAUGCAGAAACUCAACAACAGGAAACUGCCACAAAUUCGCCUGACCCGCCGGCCACGUCAUCUGAUCCGACUUGCCUGCCACCUGUUGAUCAGCUUCUUAUUCAGGUUGAAGCACAGGAGGCAGUAAUUGGCAACAUAUCUAAACUGUGUGACAUUGUGGAAGCCUUCUGUGAUGCGCAAGAAGAAAAGAAGAAACAGUCCGUGUUGGACCUCCCAAUUUGGGCACACACACCUAGUGACCUCAUUUCUUCAUUAUGUGAAGAUUGAGUGAGUCUGUCUGUAAGCUUGUGGAAAGCAAAAAAAGAUGUCACUGUAAAUUCAAUUGUUCCCAUAGGGUUAGUUGUUCAAUUAGGAGGCAGGCUUUACAGCAAGUUGCUACUGGUGAAGUCUCUUUGGAGUAGUAUGAUAGCUUCAUUUUAGUUAUUGCUUAAAACCUAACAUGAUUCAAGUUACGCUAUAUUCUAUUUGAGAAUGAUUGUAAUUACAAACGACCAAGUCUGUUCAGUUUGUUGCGUAAGCAUUGAAAGAAAGAUUGCAAUGUUC